UGAGGUAUGCGGCAAUCGAAAUCGUUCGCGCCUUUCGGAAAUUUGCAUUUUGUACAGUCAAAACAGGAAUAAACGAAAACUGUGACAGAAUAUAAACAAACAAAAGAGAGCACAGAAGUAAAUAUAAACAAUUCUCCAUCAAUGAACAUAAGCGAAGUGGAAGGAGAGGCGGAAACGCUGAUGAGGCGCUUUUACGCCAGUUGUGAGCAGUUGGAGCUGGAUUCACGGAUUCAGCAGAGUGCUCUGGCAACAUACCGACAAAUAGAUGACUCCGGUGGUCUGUCUACCAGUGAUGGAGAUGUCCAAGAGUGGCUAUGUUGUGCAGUCUACAGUGAACUGCAGCGGGAGAAGUUAAGGGAUAUCAGGGAGGAGUCCCAAAGUACCACUAACGAGGCGAAUGAUACGCUGAACAAAAACAGCUGCUGGAACUUGUCACUAACCCGCCUGUUGUGUAGCUUUAAAGUAAAUGUGUCACAAUUUCUACGACGUAUGGAGCACUGGAACUGGCUGGCCCAGAACGAUAAAUCCUUUCAGUUGGAGAUUGAAGAGCUACGUCGCCGACUGGGCAUCACUUUGACCCUAUUGCGACAUUACAACCACAUCUUCCACAGUCUGUUUACUCAGCCCGGAGAGAAAUCCGACACGGAUGCCGUGACCCACUAUCAAAAGCUCUAUGAGUUCGGUUGGCUUCUCUUCCUGGUCAUCCGAAACGAGUCUCCGGGAUUUGCUACUUCGAACCUUGUUAAUGGCUGUCAAGUUCUCGUCUGCAGCAUGGAUCUUCUUUUUGUAAACGCUCUGGAGGUGCCCCAAUCUGAAGUGAUUCGCCGUGAUUUUACUGGCGUCCCCAAGGGGUGGGACAACGAUGACUUCGACCACAGCUUCUUGAACAAAUAUACCGCUGUAGAAGCUCUGGGAACAUUGAUUCCUGAGCUUCCGAUAAAGGGUGUGAAGCAGAUGAAAGAUGCGUUUUUCCACAAGUCCCUGAUGCUUCUGUUUAUGGACCAAAGCCUGGUGGGAGACGACACCCACAUCAGAGAAAUCAUUAAGGGGGGAAUGUUGGAUAUCAAUCUAGCAAAUCUAAACCGCAAGUACACCAACCACAUAGCUGACAUAAGUGAAAUGGACGAACGAGUGCUGCUCUGCUUCGAAGAAGCAAAGUGUCGCAAGAGGGAUUUUCAUUUAAGCCCACUUCCAACCUACUCCUCACCUCAUAAAAAAUUUCUAGACCACGAUUUACCACAAAGCCUUUCACCCUGCUUAGUGAAAGCCUUGCAAAGAGGCGAAGAUGAAAAUCAGGUUGUUAAAUACGUAAAUAAGACCCUGCAUAAAAUGGAUCAAACUUUUAUCGAUGCCGCCAAGGACUACUUGAGUGCAGAAGCGGCUCAAAAACGAAUUUGCUUGGCCAGAGGUCUUUACUAUACAUUUCUACAGAAGAUUUUGGCCCCGGAGCUGGCUCUAAAACCAAAACUAAAGAUUAGUCAGUUACUAAAGCAGCGCACAUUAACCGCCACACUCUUAGCCUGCUGUUUGGAACUGUCUCUUCACAUUUACGACGAACAAGAAGAUGGCUUUAGGUUUCCCUUUAUCCUAGACUGUUACUCUUUGGACGCCUACGAAUUUCAAAAGAUCCUGGAGCUGAUGGUGCGCCACGAUCAGGGCUUUCUGGGUAGAGAGCUGAUUAAACACCUUCAUGUGGUCGAAGAGAAGUGCCUGGGAUCGUUGAUUUUCCGCAAAAGCUCACAAUUUUGGUGGGAUUUGGGGCACGACAUGCCCGUUUACCAAGCUGUCCAGUCUGAAGUGGAAGGUAAGGAGAACAAUUCAACAGGAGCAGGCAUCUGCCUGCGAAAGUUCUACGGGCUGGCCAACCGGCGACUGCUGCUCCUCUGUCAGAGCCUUUGCCUUGUUGAUUCCUUUCCGCAUAUCUGGCACCUGGCAGAGUACUCCUUUACUUUGGAGGGUGGCCGGCUGCUUCGUAAUCGUCAUCUAGAUCAACUCCUACUGUGUGCCAUUCAUAUGCAUGUCCGACUUGAGAAGCUUCACCUAACCUUUAGUAUGAUUAUCCAGCAUUAUCGCCGCCAGCCGUACGCUCAUAGAGACGUGUAUCGAGAAGUCAAUUUGGGCGUGGGUCAAACCGCUGAUAUCAUCCGUUUCUACAAUACUGUGUAUGUCAAGAGCAUGGCUAGCUAUGGUCGUCAACUGGAUUGUGAACAAUCCCGAAAGUCACUGCAACAAUCCAACGGGACUAUAGGGGUUCUGAUGGAUAUACCUCUCAACAAGAGGAGCAUGCGAGAGAACAUAAGCAUAUCUUCGCCACCACCGCCCAAGGUGUGCCAAGGUGGACCCUGCUCCAGUCUUCCUCCAUCCCCUCUGCCCAAGCAAAGCUCACCCAACAUAAAGCGUGCUGCCUCCAGCAGCGAACUGAGAGCAAUCAAGAGACCUAAUAUUCUAAGACGGCGUACUUGCUUUCAGUGAUCUUAAAGAGAUAUUGCAUUAAUUACUUGGCUGCAUUUUACGCAGCUACCCUAUAAUAUACGUUAAGAUUUCCUAAGCUGCUGAAAACUCUUUGUAAAUUAUCAGACUGCUCAAUUAAACUUCGACCGCAAAGAAAUCUAAGUUUAAGAAUCAAUUUUUGAUUUUUAACAA